AGAAAAGAGGUAGCUGAUUGAUAACAGAAACCAACCGUUUGGAGUUCUAUGGCCAGUUCAGCUUUAUCUCUUUCUGUGCAUCAACCCAAUUCCCAAUUCAUCUCUCCAUGUCUACAAUGCCGCAAAAUUUGGAAAAACAAUCCCUCUUCUUUCUUUUUCUCGGAUGGAGAUUAUAAGCGUUCUGUCACUUGCUUUUCUUCCAAGAAAAAAAUAGGUUUUAUGGACCAAAUUCUUGAUUACAUUGAAGGGGGUCCGAAGUUAAGGAAAUGGUAUGGGGCACCUGACCUCCUUCCAAAAGAUGGAUCCCUUUCAAAAGAAAAUGAGUCUACUGAAGAAGAUGAAGUCAGGGAUGCAGUUUUAGUUACCGAUGGAGAUAAUGAGAUUGGUCAGUUGGUUAUAUUGUCUUUGAUAAUCAAACGAACUCGGAUCAAAGCUCUGGUAAAGGAUAAGCGGGUUGCCAUGGAAGCUUUUGGUACUUAUGUUGAGCCAAUAGCAGGUGAUGCAAAGGACAGGUCAUUGCUAAAGAAGGCUCUAAGGGGUGUUCGUGCAGUUAUAUGCCCAAAUGAAGGUUUUAUAUCAAAUAUAGAGAGUUGGAAAGGUUUACAACAUGUGAUCCUAUUAUCUCAGCUGUCUGUUUAUAGAGGUUCUAGUGGGGUUCAAGCAAUUGUUACUGCCAAUGCAAGGAAAAUGGCAGAACAAGAUGAAUCACUGGUUAUGGCUUCGGGAGUCCCUUACACUAUUAUUAGAGCUGGCUUAUUAGUAAAUGCGCCAGGUGGAAAUCAAGGUUUUAACUUUAAAGAGGGCUGUGCAUCACAAGGAAAGCUGAGCAAGGAGGAUGCUGCUUUCAUCUGUGUAGAGGCCUUUGACACAGUGCCACAGAAAGGCCUGAUAUUUGAGGUGGUCAAUGGCGAGGACAAGGUCAUGGAUUGGAAAGAGUGCUUUGCAACCUUGAUCGAGAAAUCGGAGCUGUAAAUUGAUUGGAUGCAAAAUUGAGUUGUCGUUCCUUGGCAUUAACAUGGGCAGAGAUAAGAAUCAAGACAAACCUGUAGAAAGCAUGGAAGGAAAAUUCUCAUAAAUUCAAGAUCAAUUACAGAAGUUGAUGGAGGGAUUGACCAGUAUGAAUGCGCAAACAUAUAAGGAAUUGCUCGAGAUAAGGAGGCAAUUGGGAUUAUCAAGCAGCAAGAUAAAAGAAUAACAUCCUCAUUUGAGGGUGAAUCGUAUGAGUCGUUCUAAAUAAGUCCAAACUAGUUCUGCUCCAUCUGGUAAUAGUUUUUCCACUCGAUAUUCUCAACUUGAUUUCUCUCGAUUUUUUGGAUAUGACUUGAAAUCCUGGUUGUAUAAGGUGGAUCAUGUUUUUCUAUGGAGGAAAUUGCCUUUGAGGAAAAGGUAAAAGUCGUUUGUAUUCAUUUUGAUGGUGAUGUUAUUGUGUGGCGUAGGUCGUAUAUGAGAUCUAGAAAUAUUGAUAUAUUUCCAACUUGGACUGAAUGCGUUUUAGCCUUACAUGAUAGCUUUGGGGAUGUGUUUGAAGAUCCUAUGGAGGUUAUUAAAAAUCUGAGACAGGUUGAUACUAUGAAGGAUUAUAAAACUGAAUUUAAUAGACAGUUGAAUGAAGUUAAUAUGUCAACUGAAAAUGCUAUCAGUUGUUUCCUUGGAGGAUUGAAACUAGAACUUAACAAGGCUGUUAAUUCAAACACCUAGAACACUUAUGCAAGCUUACAAAAUUGCUAGAUUGCAAAAAGGUGUUAUUGAAGCACAAGCUCAGUCAUGGGGUCUUAAACCUGUUAACAUGUCACAUAAUUCCAUGCUACCUACUUCGCAACAUGUUAAACCAUAAGAUUUCCAAAAGAUUCCUUUAUCAACUUCAGCGUUUAAAAGGUUCAUCGACUCUAAUUCUAAUAUUCAUAGUAGAUCUUCUGAUAACAAUUAUGGUAGGAGGUUAUCUGCUAAUGAAUUGGAUGAAAAAAGAGCUAAAGAGCUGUGUUUUUUCCGUGAUGAAAAAUAUGUUCAAAUGUAUAACUACAGGGCAAAGAAGUAGUUAUUUCUAGUGGAUAUAACUGAGGAUGACACAAGAGAUGAUGAAAAACCUAUUGAG